AUGAAUAAUCACAACGACAGAUUUGUAUUGGUAUUGUUGUCUCUAGGAUUUAUAAAUAUAUUUCAUCUGACCACCGGACGAGAAGAUUGGGAAUGGGCGCCGAUAGCGAGGAUAGCCGACAAAGAUAACACGACAUCGGUGACGGAUAUCACUCAACGAUCCCCAGACGACACGACGUCAAACGAUAACGACUAUGUGUCAUCGGUUACGAGCGUAGACACCGCGAUCGACGGAGACAGCAAUGCCACAAAUAUAUAUCUCACAAGCUGUGCAGAUCUUAUAAAUUCCGUGACCUCGGCGCUUAAAAACACUACGGAUAUAGUUCUCUCGGAUAAGCCGACAGGCAAUAGUACGGAUUAUAAAAAAUUUGUAAAUUAUCCAGAUAUAAAACAUUUGGUAGAAAGAGUCUACGACGAUUUACAAUGUUUGCACACAUGCGAUUCUGAAAAUUCCAGAUGCAACGUCGACAUAGUCAAAAUGUAUUUGAGUUCUAGAAUAAUAAUGAAAGCUUUGAACAAUUUAGAAAAACAUAGAGUAAAUAUUUUAAAAAUCGACGCCAAACGCGUGUUGUCCAUGAUGGACGGCUAUAUAAUAAAUUUAAAAUAUCACUGCAGUGACUAUUUAACAAACGUCACGUCUGCAUGCAUCGACGUUAGAUGA